UCGGACACAGCCCAAGUACUUCCGUUAUGGAUUACUUCCGGUAGGUUGGCGUUAUUGGCGCGUAAACCUUUUUGGUGAAGCCAUGGCGUGUCAAAGAGGAGCGCUGAUCGUGCUGGAGGGCGUGGACAGAGCCGGGAAAACCACGCAAUGCAAGAUGCUGGUCCAGGCGCUGCAGAAGAGCGGGAGGCCCGCGGAGGCCAUGCGGUUUCCCGACCGGACCACGACCAUCGGCCAGCUGAUCAGCGCCUACCUGGAGAAGAAGAGUGAGCUGGAGGACCACACGGUGCACCUGCUGUUCUCUGCCAACCGCUGGGAGCUCGUACCAACCAUGAAGAAGAAGCUGGAGCAGGGCAUCACUCUGGUCGUGGACCGCUACGCGUUCUCCGGGGCGGCCUUCACCAGCGCCAAGCCUGGCUUCUCUCUGGAAUGGUGCAUGAAACCCGACGUGGGACUGCCGAAACCCGACCUGGUGAUGUUCCUGCAGCUGAGCCCGGCCGAGGCGGCCCUCAGAGGUCAGUUUGGGGUCGAGAGGUAUGAAACCAGAGUGUUCCAGAACGCGGUUCAGCAGAAAUUUGAGCUGCUGAUGAAAGAUUCGUCGGUGAACUGGCAGGUGAUCGAUGCUUCGAAGAGCGUUGAGGAAGUUCACAGAGACAUCACAGUCCACAGCCUCAAUGCCAUCAACAAAGCAGAGGACAUUCCACUCGGACAGUUAUGGACGUGAGGAGAAUCGGAUGUUCGGGCUCUAACACAUUAAGUCAAACAUCAGAUUGUAAUCCCCUUAGGGUUUUCUUUGUUAUUUUGGUAAAUAAACUUGUGAUUUGGUUCGA